AUGCUUGCCAAACUCGCUACUCUUUUGACCGUCAUUGGCGUAUCCAGCGUGCAGGCGCAGCUGGUUUACGAAUGCGACUCAUACACGGAGCCAAAUUAUGAUUCUUAUGGUGCCUGCAACAUCUUCUCUGAUCCGACGUUUUCGGACGGGCAGGACGCAAACUGCGUCAUCGCUGUAUGCAACACCCGCGGCGAUGGCCAGGACUCGUACUUGAAUGUCAUCAGCGGCCCGACAUACUAUCGCUUGAUCAAGCAGUGGUGUGAGCCUCAGGGGUCUGGCGGUCGGGCCCCAGGCCCUGCUCAAAUAGAGGCAGGUUCAAACCAAUACGUCGAAGCGGGCGCCGUCCCAGCAAGUUUCGCCAGACGCAGCUCCAUUCGCACCACGACCCGCUCUGCUAAGCCGCAACUAAGAGUUGACUCGAAGACGAUAGAGGAGAUGGAGGUUUUCUGGGAGACGGUGAGGAACGAAACCAUCCAGCGUCAAUCCGAGCCUACUAUCCAGAAGAGACAAGAAGAAGUGCUUGUCCUCGGCCUUUCCAAGUCCGUUACUCAACCCGGCGUCAGCAACCGGAUGAGCGGCAUCAAUUCACCCGGCGUAUCCACCGAGUGGUCGACUACAGAAGGCUUUUCCACGAGCGUCGGCGUGAGUGCCGAAUUAAGCGUCGGCUUCUUUGACAUCUUCACUGCAUCCGUUGGCAUCGACGUAUCUAUGGAAUUUAGUCAGGAGUACACCCGGACGAUUGAGUUUGAUCCAAGCAAGUCGUGCAGUACUUCACAGGAGGCCUUUAUGGUCUUCUUGCCGCACUUCGAUCACUACGUUGUCGCGGACGAGAACGGCAACCAGUACGAUAUCUGGAUUCCCGUAGAAGGAGGCGAUGUCGCAGUCCAGUGUCUUGGCUAG